AUGUCUGAGAUAGAUUUGGACACUUGUAAGUUCCGAGGUGGUCCCCAUGCCUUUAUGAGUUUCAUGGAAAAGUUUCUAGAUUCCUCCUCCAGGGUAGAGAAGCCAUGCUUGCACAAGGUCAAGCUCACUACUGUUGAGGAUGAUUUCACGCGGUGGAUAGAUUUCGUGGCAACACCUGAACUUGAGCAUCUCGAUUUUGAGUGCAAGCCUGUGGUUUCUGGGACCUUGAUGCCACUGAGACUCUAUACAUGCUCUCCAAAGCUUCGUCACUUAAGGCUCCAUGGGGUGUUUUUGGGGAGUACGUCUGUCUCCUUGCCUUGUCUCAAGACUAUGCGUUUGGAAAACAAUACAUACGCCGACGAAGCGUGUCUAGAGCUGCUUAUCUCAUCUUGUCCACUUCUUGAAGAUUUCAGCUUUGUUAGAAUGCCUGGAUCAUGUGGUGUAAAUGUUUUACGAGUGCACUCCAAGACAUUAACUAGUCUCAGCAUAGAAACUGGUGUCCAUGACUAUGACUUUCAGAAUAACGAUCGUAUUAGCGUGAAGGUUUUGAUUAAUGCCCCUAGGCUCAAGUAUCUGAAUCUCUGUGAUUUCAUAUCCGAGUGUAAAACCAUAAGCAAUGUAGGUUCCUUAACCAAGGUCAAUCUUGGUAGGUAUUGUGACAAUGUCCCUGAUCAUUUCUUCACCGGUAUCUCGGAAGUUAGGGAUAUGAAGAUCGCUGGCUCAGCUUUCAGGAUAGCAAGCACUUUCGGAGGACUCCCUGCUGAAAUGAAACUAGUAAGGUACUUUGCGGAAAACUCAGUGGUCCUCAAGAAACUUUCUCUGCGUUUGAAAUCUUCCAUGGAUGAACAAGAUUCUGUCGCUUUAAGGGAUAUCCUCCUUGCAUUGCCAACGCUAUCUAGCGCGUGUGAGAUUGUGGUUUGUUGA